GCCUUGGACGCGUGCAUGGAUUUUUUGGAAGCUACAGUAUUUAUGAUAAUAGUGCUUCUUUUUUAAACCGGGGCUCUCCAUCCUGGUAGCGAAGGCUGUAUAGGGUCCUCCUGCAACUGUGCUCUGGAAGUCAGCCUCCUUGAGCUCAGGCAGAUAGGCUUCCUUUCCGGGAAACUCAGGAAAAAGUGGACUUGGGAAUUGCAGUUGCUCUUUGGAGAAGAGCCUGUGCCCUUGACCGGGACGAGCUCAAUCCGAGAAGCGCAUCAUCGUGCGCAAAGGCACGAAUCCCCUGCUCGCCCGGCCUCCAAGGGGUGGUGCUCCCUUGGGGGACCCUCCCCGAGAGUUUCCUGCGCCCUCGCCCAUGUUCACAUUCGGUUUCUUUUUCCUGCGAGGCUGUUGAGUGUCUUGGGGUACCGCGUGGCUCCCGCGUGGCUGUUGCGCAUUUUCCAGCCCCGGUAAGCCUGUUUGUUUGUUUUGGAGGGAGGGGACGUUGUGGAGCCUGCGAGGUUCAGUUUGUAUUGGGGAGGGGGUCCGCCCUCUCCUGCCCUCCGGACCUGUUUGCGGUAGGAGAAGUGAUGGCAUGGCCUCUGAGCAUGUGCAGAGCGACCCCUCCUUCUUUUCUUCCCUCUAAGUAUAAGUUCGUGUGUUUUUUUCCAGGGUUUCAGAUACGUGUGAACUUGUGAUGGGAGUCCCUCCCCUCGCUAUGAAGUGUUGCCACGUGCAUGGAGUAAUUGCGUUUUGGGGUCCGUGGGCAUGCUCAGAAUUAAAUUUAUUGGGCUAUCCAGAGGAUCCCUGUUAGACCCACAGCCAAUGGGUUCUGCAUGUCAGUACAGAACAGUGAAAUGCAAUAGUUAGUAAUGGGCUACUCAGAAUAGGCCCAUUGAAAUGAAUGGGCCUACAUUAGCCAGUUUCACUCAUUUUAAUGGGUCAUCUCUGAAGGCAACUGUUGGAUAUAACCCGAUAAAAACCCCGCUUAAAGUGCCUGGCGUGCUCUGGUCCAUGGGGUCAUGAAGAGUCAGAAACGACUAAACAACAACAACAAAUUAACAUUUUAACGGGGGAUGGGGUUUUAACUUGGGUGGGUGCUGUUUUAUUUGGGGAGUGGGGCUGAUUUAAAUGGUUUCUAAAUGUAAUAUGCUAAUUUUGGAUUUUUGGAUUUCAUUUCACUUCAUUUAAUUUCUGUUCACUUUUAAUUUGUAUCCCACCUUUCUGUAUCACUAUACACAGGGCGGUUUACAAGCUGAAGAAAUGACAAAAGAUCGUGCACCUUCGAACAAUCUGAUCCAAUCCAGAAUUAUGACAUACAAAAGUUAUGUCAUAAUAAAAACACAUCUUUAAAAUGAACGACUUAUAUCCAAUAAAGCGUUCUUCGAUAACCCAUUGGCAUAUAGUAGUGCACAGUGAAAUUAAAUAUCAGCAAAUAAGAAUUAAGCACAAAUUCACUCUUAACAAUUACAAUAAACAGUUUCUAAACUAUAAUCAAUAAAAAUCACAGUGCAUAAAAUAACACAAUACAAACUGAGAAGCAAAGACACACAAUUUAUAAAAAAAAUAAAAAAUAUCCCUGAACUCCUCUUUUCCCAGCUGCUUCUGCAUGGUCUGGGAAAGGCUCCUCCUAGGUCUGGAGGGUGGGCCAGGGCAGGUAGAAAAGGCCAUUGCCUGACGGCCAGCACAAAACUCAGAAGGAAAGCUAAGAAUGAAAGGGGGCAACAGAUAGAUGUGGAUAGAGCACAGAAUGUUUAACUGGCUCUUAGAGCAGAGAAAGAAACCAGGGGGAAGAAGCAGGAAAGGAAUGAAGCACGUGGCUACAACAUUUUGUUGCAGCGUUCCUCUUUACAACUAUUUCCCACUGCUGCUGUUCUUGUGGGGUUUCUCUCUCUCAUUCUCGCCCUCUUGUGAUUCUUCCCUGGAAGCGGCCAAAAGACCACUUUGAAGAAAGAUGCUGACUAUCGGAGACUUGCCUGAACAUGUGCUGCUGGAGGUGCUGGCCCGGGUACCAGCGAGGAACCUGCUUUGCAACUGCCGGCUGGUUUGCUCCCAGUGGCGACGCCUGGUGGACGACCCUGAGCUGUGGAAGAUUAAGUUCCAGCGAAAGAGCGGACCUGAGACCCAAGAGUCGAAGGCCUUCUUCAUUUACUCCCACAGGGAGAAGAACUUAAUCAAGAAUCCUUGCGGCAAAGGUGCAUCCCUGUUCAGCUGGGGGAGAAAUGGGGAGGAGGGGGUUAUUGCUUGGUUUCUGUUCUUUGUUUUUAUUAUGUGUUUUGUGUUCGUUACCUUGCAUUUUUACAUCCCUAAGAUCUACAGAUGAAGGGCAGUACAGUGGUACCUCGGGUUACAGACGCUUCAGGUUACAUACGCUUCAGGUUACAGACUCUGCUAACCCAGAAAUAGUGCUUCAGGUUAAGAACUUUGCUUCAGGAUGAGAACAGAAAUCGUGCUCCGGCAGCACAGCGGCAGCAGGAGGCCCCAUUAGCUAAAGUGGUACCUCAGGUUAAGAACAGUUUCAGGUUAAGAACAGACCUCCAGAACGAAUUAAGUUCUUAACCCGAGGUACUACUGUAUACAAAUUUAAUAAAUAAGGAAAGGGAAAUGAUCACAGUCUGACAAAUGAUUUGUGUGAAGGCACUUUGCUGCAAAUGAUGGAGAACAGGGCAGGGCAAUGCUGGGUUUUCAACAUCGCAGUUCAUUGCCAGCCAAACAUCGGGGUUUGACGAUAUACCACAAUUUUGAAAAAAGCUACAUCGGCCCCAGCAGGUGAGGUGCUGGGUGAAAACACCACAGAUGUCAUUGUGAGAGCUGAGGCAUUUUCAGUCCAGUGCCAGCGGAGCCAGCUCUGAGGCCCUUUGGCCUGGCUCUGCUGGGGGCUGGAAAACAACUGCCCCCGGCGGAGCCAGCCCCAAUGUCCCUGCCACUCGUGCUGUAGCAGCAAGGACCCAAGCUGCUUCUGCCUUUGAUGGCGUUGGGGGCAGGCAAGCUAUCUUGCGCACUCACCCCCCACUCCCGAAGACCAACCUAGCAGCAAUAGCCAAGCACAUGGAACCUAUGCGGGUGCGCUGCUUCUUUCUUCCGGUGGGGGUGUCGUUCACCCCAGGAGGAAUGACAGAGCCCACCCUCCCGGGCACAAGGCGUGGGGUAUCUUCACCUUGUGGAGAGGGGCUGCUGGCGAGUGCUGGGCCUCCCAGCAGCAUCAGAGAGCCCCCAAACCGCCUGGCUGCCUUCCACCAGGAGGGUGGGCUCCAUCUUCCUGGGAGGAAAGGCACGGCACCCCCUCCUGGAGGAAGGCAGCCAGGCGGGGUGUGGGCUCUCUCAGCUGGGGAGGGGUUGCACUUUGACAGAUCCCCCAUCCUGCCGCUGGCUCGUGCGAGCCGCUGGUGGGUCGAGGGCUCUGUAAAACAGCUUGGCUCAGGCAAGGGCAGCAGCUUGCUCCUCAGCCAAGCAGUUUAAAGAAGCAGAGGAAGGAACAGGCUGUAGUGGCACCUCGCCAGUUCAACUUGAUUCUCCCUCUGCCGGGCAGAGUACGAUGGCGGUUUCACCAACUGUAUAUCUGCCCCCAGCUCCCGUAUUAUUCACUCCAUAAGACACACUUUUUUCCUCCUAAAAAGUAAGGGGAAAUGUGAGUGUGUCUUAUGGAGCGAAUGGCGCUGCACAGAGAGGGAAAGUUGCGCAGCGGCCCUUCAGCGAAGCACCUCUCCUGGCUUCUGCCUUAGCCGUGCGUAGCCUCUUCGGGCAGGGGGAGCCUUCAUCCCGCUGCCCGGGAGAGGCGGUGCGCGGCUAUCCCAUAAGCCAGGACAGCAAGAGGGAUCGCUGCGCAGCAAUCCCACUUGCUGUCCUGGCUUCUGCCUUAGCCCCACGCAGCCUCUUCCGGGAAGGGGGAACAUUCAUCCCACUGCCCUGAAGAGGCUUGGCGCAGCUAUCCCAGAAGCCAGAACAGCCAGAGGCUAUCCCAGAAGCCAGAUCCCUCUUGCUGUUCUGGCUUCUGGGAUUCAGAAUAUUUUUUUUCUUGUUUUCCUCCUCCCAAAACUAGGUGCGCCUUAUGGUCUGGUACAUCUUAUGGAGUGAAAAAUACGGUAGUUUGUUUCUCCCUCUGGGCGCUGGAGGCAGAGUGACUCAAGAGUGGUGACGGUUUCACCAGUGAUAUAUCGCUGAGUGAAGCUGUCAUCGCGGUCUGCCCCCAAAUAACGGUCCUGGGCGAUAUAUCAAUAUAUCGCCCAAGCCUAAUGGGGAAGGGUUCGGUGGCAGUCAGUCAGUGGACUAGAGAUACUAGGCUGUUCCCCUAAAUGUUCCUGGUAUAUCUGAGUAUUAAAGUAUUAAACCCUGACGCCACCUUUCCAAAGCCCAGGAAGCUUCUGCCUGACUUAGGGAAGGAGGCGAGAUGCUUGAGAGCCAGUGUGGUGUAGUGGUUAAGAGUGGUAGACUCGUAAUCUGGUGAACCGGGUUCACGUCUCUGCUCCUCCACAUGCAGCUGCUGGGUGACCUUGGGCUAGUCACACUUCUCUGAAGUCUCUCAGCCCCACUCACCUCACAGAGUGUUUGUUGUGGGGGAGGAAGGGAAAGGAGAAUGUUGGCCGCUUUGAGAUUCCUUCGGAUAGGGAUAAAGCGGGAUAUCAAAUCCAAACUCCUCCUCCUCCUCCUCCUCCUCCUCUUCUUCUUCUUCUGCGUGUGAAAAGGGACCCCUGAUCAUUAGGUCCAGUUGUGGCCGACUCUGGGGUUGCGGCACUCAUCUCACUUUAUUGGCUGAGGGAGCCGGAGUACAGCUUCCGGGUCAUGUGGCCAGCAGGACUAAGCCGCUUCUGGCAAACUAGAGCAGCGCACGGAAACGCCGUUUACCUUCCUGCCAGAGCAGUACCUAUUUAUCGACUUGCACUUUGACGUGCUUUCAAACUGCUAGGUUGGCAGGAGCAGAGACCGAGCAACAGGAGCUCACCCCGUCGCGGGGAUUCGAACCGCCGACCUUCUGAUCGACAAGUCCUAGGCUCUGUGGUUUAACCCACACUGCCACCCACGUCCUGUGAUGUCAGUACAUCAUGCCUAAAACAUCCCCACUGUUGCCCUUGCUGGCCUGCAUGUUCCUCCAGGAUCUGUAUCCUCUCCUUUGUCUGGCAGUUGACUCCUCUGUUGCUUCCACUGACUCAAAAGCCUCUUCCUUCAAUGUCUGUCAUUUUGGUUUGGUUUCCGCAGAGGGCCUGGACUCCUGGGCGAUGAGGGUCCCUUCCGAGGGCCACUGGAAAACCGAGGAGCUGUCUGAGGAGGAUUUGGCAGCCCUCCCCGUCGAAAGUUUCCUCCAGAGGAAUUCCUACGCAAAAAAGAAAGACUCCUCCCCACAGUGGGUCAACAGAUGCUUUGCUGCGUGUGACGGGUGAGUGUCCGUGGACAGCUCUGAGUCCAAAAUGACUCCCUGGCUGCAAAUCUGGUCCCUCUGGGACACAGUUACCCCAUUUGGGACCAGGGAACCCCACACACAUGUCCCCCCCUGUCUUGUCGGGAUUCGAUCUCAGGCCAUCCAUCAACCACCAUCCAUCCUCCAAACGCCUUCAGACUUUCACACAAGAUGUUCCUUUGUGCUUCAGGCUCUGCAGCAAGGCUCAGCUCAUCAUUCUGAAGGACCUUGGGUACUGGGACGAGCUGAUAGAUGAAGCCAGACCUAACAUCGCCGUGAAUGAAUGGUGGGUUCAGAGCAUCCACUCUUGGUUAUUGGGGGGGUGGGGCUGCGUGGUCCAAAGGACAGAACAAAAAUGUAUGGAAUAUGCAGACAUGGCAAAACUUAACGGAAGACUAAGAGAUCAAGACAACAAAAGAAUGGAAAUGGUUAUUUAAUAUUUACAGAUAAAUUGUAAACAGAACGUUGGCAGGAUUAUUGUAAAUAACCUGCAAUUACAUACAAUUUGCUCAUUUAUUCAUCUAUUUUAAAUACAGUGGUACCUCGAGUUAAGUACUUAAUUCGUUCCGGAGGUCUGUACUUAACCUGAAACUGUUCUUAACCUAAAGCACCACUUUAGCUAAUGGGGCCUCCUGCUGCUGCCACGACGCCAGAGCAUGAUUUCUGUUCUCAGCCUGAAGCAAAGUUCUUAACCUGAAGCACUAAUUCUGGGUUAGCGGAGUCUGUAACCUGAAGCAUAUGUAACCUGAGGUACCGCUGUAUAUAUAUUUGAAAUAGAUGAAUAAAUGAGCAAAUUAAGUUAAUUUGGAUAUGAAGAAGAUAUUAAAUAUGAAUUUAAGGAACCACAGGAAGAGGGGGAAGGAAGUCAAGUUUUGAAAUGUUAAAAUGAUUGUAAAAUUAGGGAAAUGUAGAAAUCUGAUAAGCAGGAUCUGGUAGGAUUCCAGACAGCUCCAAGCCUGGCAAUGUGCUCCAACCCAACACCCUUCAACCUUGGGUCUCCUAGUGUUACUGGACUACAACAGCCAUCAUCCCUCACCAUUGGGGUGCUGGGGAUGAUGGGACUUGUAGUCCAACCACCUAAGGUUAUAGAACACUGCUCAUCCGCUCUGAGCCUUCCCCCCCCCUAUAAUUUUUCUGUUUUACAGUUUAGAAUAUCCAUUUAAACAACCUUAAAAUAUCAAUGACUUCCCUUCUUCUCUUUCCGUGGUUCAUUUUGCAUAACAUAAAUCCCUGCAUAUUUUAUAUAAACUGAACCAUUCAGUUUUCCCUUAUUGCAUCCAUCCAAACUUAUUUGCACUGUUGAAUAUAUCUUAAUGCUGCCAAUGUUUUCAAGUGUAUUCAAUCCCCCCCCCCCAUAUAUUCAACAAACAUUUUCCAAUCUUCUUUAAGCAUAUGUUCUCUUAUUCUAUAUGUUAAGUCCACAAGCUGCACAUAUUCCAUCAGUUUAAGUUGCCACUCUUCUUUAGUUGGGACCUUGCUCGUUUUCCAUUUUGGGGCCAACAAAAUAUGGGCUGCAGUAGUAGCAUACAUAAAUAACCUUGUUUUGUUAGUACCCUGAGCCUUUUUGCACCUUUGCAGGCCUUGAAUUUCCUGAGCAAGCUGUGCCUCGCUGAGAUAAGAUCCUUCUGAAAGGGCCUGCAGGCAGACAUGAAUGGCACAGUCAGACAUAGCGAUGCUUCUGAAUAACAACUGCUGGAAAGGCAGGAAGGGAGAAGGUUCUUGUACUCGGGUCCUGCUUGUGGGUUUCCCAUAAUGGGCAUCUGCUUGGCCACUGUGAGAACAGGACGCUGGACUGGAUGAUCCAUUGGCUUGAUCUAGCAGGCUCCUCUUAUGUUUUGUAGACACACCAAAUAAUAUAUUUGCAUGCAAAUGUAAGAAGAGCCCUCCUAGAUCAGGCCAGCAACCCGUCUAGUCCAGCCUCCUGUUCUUGUGCAACUGGUAUUCAAAUGUGUCCCACCUCUUGACAGUGGAGGGAGAACACAGACCCCAUGGCUGGUAGCUUCAAGAGCCACCUCUCUCCAUAUGAACCUAGCCAGACCCUGAGAUCAUCUUCCAAGAGCCUCCAUCGUGUGCCUCCUCCUCGAGAGGUCCGGAGCGUGGCAACACGAGAACGGGGCCUCCUCUGCAGUGGCUCCCCAUCUGUGGAAUGCUCUCCCCAGGGAAGUUCGCCUGGCUCCUUCAUUAUACAGCUUUCGGUGUCAGGCAAAAGCAUUCCUCUUUAAUCAGGCCUUUGGCUGACUGACACCCGAUGUCCUUUUAAAAUGUAUUGGGUUGUUUUUUUAUAUAUUUUGAUUACCGUAUUUUUCGCACCAUAGGACGCACUUUUUCCCUCCUAAAAAGCAAGGGGAAAUGUGUGUGCGUCCUAUGGAGCGAAUGCAGGGGGGAGGCAGGCGGGAAAAGCCCCCAAGAGCCGCACACAAGCUCCGUGCGCUCUUGCGGGCUUUUCCACAGGAGGGAGAAGGGACUGACUGGCCGCAUCAGUCCCUUCUCCCACCUCCCAGAAAAGCCAGGAGAAGCCGCGAUCUCUUUAAAGGGGUUGCGCGGCUUCUGCGGGCUUUUGCGAGAGGUGAGGGAAUCCCCCCACCUCCCAGUAAAGCCAGGAAAGCCCUGUGCAGCAUCUCCCGGCAAGCAGAGGCUGCAUGGAGCUAAAGGGGAAGCCAAAACAGCGAGCGGGAUCCAUCCCGCCCCCUGCCUUGGCUUGCUCCAUAGCUGUGCGCAACCCCUCCGGCAAGGAGAGGCUGCACGGGGCUAUGGAUUCUUUAGCCCUGCGCAGCGUCUCCCGGCAAGGAGAGGCUGUACGGGGCUAAAGGGGAAGCCAAAACAGCAAGCGGGAUCCAUCCCGCCCCCUGCCUUGGCUUCCUCCAUAGCUGAGCGCAACCCCUCCGGCAGGGAGAGGUUGUGCGCAGCCUGUACGCUGCUCUUUGGGAUCUGGGGGGGGGAAAUAUUUUUUUCCCUUGAUUUCUCCCCCUAAAAACUGGGUGCGCCCUAUGGUCCAGUGCGCCCUAUGGUGCGAAAAAUACGGUAUGUGUAUUGUGGUUUUAUAUUGCAAUUUUAUGUUGUAUCCUCCCUGAGAUCUGCACGUAUAGGGCAUUAUAGAAAUAUAAUACAGUGGUACCUUGGGAUGCAAACGGGAUCCAUUCCGGAGCCCUGUUCGCAUCCUGAAGCGAACGCAACCUGCACGUGCACGGGUCGCAUUUUGCCACAUCUGCGCAUGCACAUGAUGUCAUUUUGACUGUCUGCGCAUGUGUGUGCGGCGAAACCCGGAUGUAACACGCUCCGUUACUUCCGGGUCGCCGUGGAGCACAACCCAAAAAUACUUAACUUGAAGCACAUUUAUCCCGAGGUAUGACUGUAAUAAAAAUAAUAAUAAUAAUAAUGGCCAUUGAAAGCCGCAUUUAUGCAUGAAACUGAUUGAUGAAAAUUACAGCCAUUCGCCAUUAUUGGCUAUAUUACUACUUAUUAUUAUUUAUUAGAAGUAACUGUUUUAAAGUUGUACAUUCAAGUACAUGGGAAUAGAUUUGUAUCGAAAGGUCUAGGCUGCCUUGAUUUUUUUAUCUGGAGGUUAUCGGUCACGAAAUAUAUACUCUUGGUUUGGUGUUCAGUGUUCAAAUCAUGCCCAGUUUGGUUUCUGCCCAAACUGAUGUUUUCUCUCCCUCCUCCCCCCCCCCCCAAAAAACAGCUAUUAUUGUCCCCCUGGCAGCCGCUAUCAACUUAGCGUGAAGAUGUUGGACGCAGACUUUCAGCUCCUCCACAUCCUCCAUACGGAAGGGCGCGGUUCGGAAGCUCCACGCUGGCGUCGGGUCUGUAAGCCCCAGUGGGAAAUGCUUGGGAUGGGGAGCAGAAGCAAAGCCUGCAGUAGAUGGGGGAAGGAUUUAUCAAUCUGAGGGCCGGCAUUCCCUUGUAUGCAGGCUUCCGGGGGCCACAUUCCAGGAGUGAUGGGCAGGAGCAGAGGUUGAAGUGGGCAAGUGGGUGCUUAUUCAUUUAUUUUUAUCUAAAGGAGUUUGUGGUCAUCACAAAAAGAGGGAGCCAGUGUGGUGUUGUAGUUAGAGUGUCAAGACUAUUACCUGGGAGACCAGGGUUCAAAUCCCCACUUGGCUAUGAAGCUUGAACCCAUUCAAUGUCUUCUCCAAUCCUAACCUACCUCCCUGGGGAUAAAAUGAGGAGGUGAGAGUUAUAUACGGCAUCUUGAGCUCAUUGGAGAAAACAUGGUCUAUAAAAGUAAGAAAUGAAUACUUUCUUUGGCUCCAUGAUCACUGCAGAUGGUGACAGCAGUCACAAAAUUAAAAGACACCUGCUUCUUGGGAGAAAAGCAAUGACAAACCUAGACAGCAUCUUAAAAAGCAGAGACAUCACCUUGCCGACAAAGGUCCGUAUAGUAAAAGCUAUGGUUUUCCCAGCAGUGAUGUAUGGAAGUGAGAGCUGGAUCAUAAAGAAGGCUGAUCGCCGAAGAAUUGAUGCUUUGAAUUAUGGUGCUGGAGGAGACUCUUGAGAGUCCCAUGGACUGCAAAAAGAUCAAACCUAUCCAUUCUUAAGGAAAUCAGCCCUGAGUGCUCACUGGAAGGACAGAUUGUGAAGCUGAGGCUCCAAUACUUUGGCCACCUCAUGAGAAGAGGAGACUCCCUGGAAAAGACCCUGAUGUUGGGAAAGAUGGAGGGCACAAGGAGAAGGGGACGACAGAGGAUGAGAUGGUUGGACAGUGUUCUCGAAGCUACCAGCAUGAGUUUGACCAAACUGCGGGAGGCAGUGGAAGACAGAAGUGCCUGGCGUGCUCUGGUCCAGGGGGUCACGAAGAGUCGGACACGACUAAACGACUAAACAACAACAAAAUUUAAAAACCUGUAUGUGAUAUACACAAAAUUAUGAAUAAAGCAAGUUCAGAGAAUCGUAGAGUUGGAAGGGACCGCGGGGGUCAUCUAGUCCAACCCCCCUGCAAUGCAGGAAUAUUUUUCCCAACGUGGGGCUUGAACCCACAACCCUGGGAUUAAGAGCCCCAUGCUCUAACGACUGAGAAAUAAGAUGAAAAAAGCAAAAUGCACGACAUAGGAACGAAAUUAGAUGACAUGCAUGUUAUAAAACAAAGUUCACAUUGAUAUAUAUAUGUCUUUGGAUGUCUGUGUAAAAGGUAAAGGUAAAGGAACGCCUGACCAUUAGGUCAAGUCGUGACCAACUCUGGGGUUGCGGCGCUCAUCUCACUUUAUUGGCCGAGGGAGCCGGUGUACAGCUUCUGGGUCAUGUGACCAGUAUGACUAAGCUGCUUCUGGCGAACCAGAGCAGCGCACGGAAACGCCGUUUACCUUCCCGCUGGUGCGGUACCUAUUUAUCUACUUGCACUUUGACGUGCUUUCGAACUGCUAGGUUGGCAGGAGCAGGGACCGAGCAACGGGAGCUCACCCCGUUGCAGGAAUUCGAACCACCGACCUUCUGAUCGGGAAACCCUAGGCUCUGUGGUUUAACCCACAGCACCACCCGCGUCCCUGGAUGUCUGUGUGUGCGUGCCUAAAAGAAAAAAGGGGUUAGCUGGGCACUGAAAGAAGGACAGCAAAGGCACCUGACAAACAGCAUGGGCAGGGAGUUCCAAAACAUCGGUGCUGCCAUGCUAAAAGAAGGAAUCCAAGUGCACAGUGAACAUUUGUGCAUUCCUUGUAAGCUGGCAGGACAUAUUGGUUGAGUGUGGGGGGGUCAAGGAGAUCUCCCAGCCCCCUAAAAAUACUUGCAAAGCAGUGGAGUGUCCAGAGGGGAGAUCCAGGGGCCAGGCUUGAGGGCCACUUUCAGCCCAAAGACCCCUACCUUUGAGAGGGGUAGUUUUCCUCCUAGCUCGGCAGCCUUGCCCCGUAUUCAGCACCUCUCUCUUUCUCUCCUGUCUUCAGAUUUCGCAAGGGAUUAUCGAAUGCCAGGCUGGACUCCGCUACAUCCUCUUUGAACACCUGGCUGUAAACGGGAGUGGCCAGCCGCCUGAGAACAGCGUAAGAGUCACCAGGAGCAGCGUCACUCUUGGGCCGUUUAAUUGGGACGAAGACUUCAUAGAGCCCUUUCCCAACUCAGAUGACGAAGACGGCGCUAGUGGCAGAGGAUGCAACUGGUGAGGACCCUCCCCCCUGUCUUCUUGCAACCAAUCAAGGGGAGGCUCUGCCUGUUAUUGGCUCUCCCUCCAUCUGUCUUUGGCCGUGGCGCCACCUAGAGGUGGGAUCCCUACCUACUGCCCUACCAGUGCCAAUGGGCACUGCCAGCCCCCACUGACUCGUAAUUAUGUCCUGAGUGGAGCCCACUCAUCCCCUCUCCCCCUUUAAAUUUGGUCUAUUUCAGAUAAUCAGGGAAGGAACUUGGUGUUAUUAGAAUUUUAUGGCCUCAAAUAUAGAAUAAAUAUUCUUAAAUUCACACAUCUCUAAAUAUAUGAACCAUGUGCCUGAAAUAGUAUGGGAGAGCAAUCCUGAAGCCAUUUUGACUCUCCCAAUGACUUCAAAUAUUCCUCUGCAGUAAGGGGGGCAAAUGGGAAAAACCUCCUCAUUGUCUUUUUGCUUAUAAAUCCUGUCUUAAGGACAUAUUUGUGUAUGAAUAGGGUGAGCCUGUGACCUGGAUUCAGGAACUAAAGUAUUAACCAUCACAAAAGGAUGGCCAGACUGCCCAGGUAAUGCAAUCAGUGACCAUUAUUAGGUAUCCUGGCAGACAGGAUUUCUGCUGUAGACCUGCCUCCUUUUCUGAUGUAUGUAUGAUUUGGGGGGAGGUCUUGGGCUACAGGGUGGGCAAUUCAAAAGUCUAUAUAAGGGCUUGUGCACCAUUGUUCAGGGUUCUCCACCCUCCUGCAUCUGGUGAGUGGGGACCCUGUUGCAACAGUUUAUUUCCUUUAAUAAAGGUCAGUCUUACUAGCCGCUUUGCUUCUCAAUAUAUUCUGGUUAGCCUCUGUUAUUUUCUCCUACUGAUAGGGAACCUUGGAAGGACUCUAUACAGGCUCUGGAAUACCCUAUAAGUGAAAGGGAGCAGUUGAGCAGAUUAUUUUUAUAACAGUUGGGCAAAGUGAUGCAUUUCCCACAAGAUGUCUGAAGCCAACUCUUAGAUGAUGCUUCAGUGGUUAGAGUGUGGGACUGGGAUCUGAGAGACCAGGAAGUUCACUGUGUGUGUCCCUGGGCCCUGCCUCUUCGCCUCACAGGGUUGUUGUGGGGAUUAAAGGAGGAGGGGUUGACCACCUUGAGCCCCCUGGAGAAAAUGGUGCGGCAUAAAUGCAAUAAUUAAAUAUGUGCGCCGUCAACACUACUUGAUAUUAAGACACAUCAGGGCUCUUUUUCUAAAGAAUGGAAACAGUUUAUUGAAUAUUUACAGAUAAAUUGCAAACAGAUGAAAACAUUAGCAGGGUUAUUGUAACAACCUGCAGUUUCAUAAGAGUAUAUAUUUAAAGUAGAUAAUUAAAUGAAUUUGGAUAUGCAGAAGAUAUUGGAUAUGCAGAAGAUAUUGAAAAAUAAAUUUAAGGAACCACAGAAAGAGGGGGAAGGAAGUCAAACUUUGAAAUGUUAAAUUGAUUGUAAAACUAAUGAAAUGUAUAAACUUGAAAAGUAUAAAUAAAAACUUUUUUUUUUAAAGACCCAUCAGGGCUUCCUAAUCUUUGUAGUCUGGCCAGUUAGGGAGAACGAUGGAAGCUGUCUUUUGAACAAAGAUCAUUUUGGGUAGCAAAGAGUCCUCUGUCUUUCUCUACAGAGACAUGUAAAUCAUGUAUCUCUUCAUGAGCUGGGUCUUUCUCUCAUCCUGAAUUAAUAAAAUAGGAAUAGACAGUGCAGUCCUAACUGUGUCUACUCAAAAGUAAGCCCUAUUGAAUUCAGUGGGGUUUAUUGUCAAGUAAGUGGGGUUAGGCUCGUGGCCUAAUUUGUGUUUGGCAUAGUAACUGGAUACCAAACAUUGUCUUUUUCUGGGUUCACUUUUUUUUUUUUUUUUUUUGAGGGGGUAGGAUGCUCCCUUCCUUCUCUCUGCUCUUCAGAGACAUAUUUCUGUGGAACUGACUGUGAGGGGUUAUUUACUAUAAAAGGAAUCACAGCAAAGCAAAGCAAGCUAUGAGGAUUACCAUGGUUUACACUAAGUCAGGUAUGGGGAACCUUGGGCCUGCCACAACUCCUGUCAUCUUUUGAUAUUGGGCAUGCCAUGCUUGCCAGGGCUGAUGGGAGUUGUAGUUCUGUGACAAGCCAAGGGUUCUCUGCCCCCGUGCUAAAUCCAUAUCUCUGUCCUCCUUUGCAGAUGAGUCCUCCGUGACACCAUUCAAGCUUCUAGUCCCUAACUUUGAGGUGAUGAACUGCAGCCCUGGGACCAGAUGCGGCCCUCCCAUCCGGCCCUCAGGGUUCUCCUCUCACUGGCCCUGCUCUGCUUGCUUCCUUGAGUGCCUUUGCGUAGCAGAAUGUGUCCCUGAGCUGUAAUAAAGCCUUUAGCUUGCCUGGGUGGAGAAACCUGCGUAUACAAACCUCUGGAUUGUGCAUGGUUUGGGUGAAGCCUUCUGUUUUGCCUCAAGCCGCUCCUACUGCUGGUUUGUGGCCCCUAGAAAGUUGUCCUGGAGGGAAUGAGGACCCCUGCCUUUUCCCUAAACCGAAGCCCUGAUUGCUGCAUUUCCCAGUGCAAUCCUUGCUGCAGACAUCUUGAUGUUGAUUUCCUUCUUGUAAACAAAUGCAUAGAACUCUGAGACUUCUCCCAAAUCCUUUGCCAGAUGAAUUUGAUGAAUUCAUUUUUCUGCCAUGGCUAUAUAACACUGCCUUCAAUAAUCUUUGAAGAGUAAACUGUGACAGUGAACAUAGAACUUAGGAAAAGAGAGACGGGAUAAAGAACUGUCUCAUACGAAAAGAGUUAAAGCCUCAAAUCCAAACUCUUACGAUAAGAGAGAGAAAAAGAAAUUUGGCUGAGCACCACCCUGACAUUUACUGUGACAAAACUUGGCAAAUAAAGUCCAUCUUUCAACAAA